GACGCGGACACGGAGCUCUCCGCUCUCUCAGCGCCUCCGCUCAGCCUCCCUCCGCCAGCCAUGAAACAGACGCUCCUGGACCUGAUGAGGAUGAGUCGGAUCUGCCGGAUGGCGCUGGCCACUUGUUUGGGAUCGUGCAUUCUGGUCAUCUUUUAUUUCCAAAGUAUGUUCCAGCCAGUAAUGAGGCAGAACCCAUUUGCAGCGGAGGGCUGCUGUCGGAAAGGCUCAAGAAACGCUCUACAGGAGCUCUACAACCCCACACAGGCGGAGUUCUCCAGAGCUGCGCUCCUCCACCAGGCCCGCCGGGACCAGGUUGCAGAGACAUGUCGUGCCCACAGCGCCUCUAGCCGGAAGCGGCGCGUGCUGACGCCCAGCGACCUGAAGCACCUGGUGGUGGACGAGGAGCAUGAGCUGAUCUACUGCUACGUGCCCAAGGUGGCCUGCACCAACUGGAAACGGGUGAUGAUGGUGCUGAGCGGACGCGGCAAGUACACCGACCCCAUGGAGAUCCCAUCCAACGAGGCGCACGUGCCCUCCAACCUCCGGACACUCAACCAGUACAGCAUCGCCGACAUCAACCACCGGCUGAAGAGCUACCUCAAGUUCCUGUUCGUGCGUGAGCCCUUUGAGCGUCUGGUGUCGGCCUACCGAAACAAGUUCACCUUGCGCUACAACACGUCCUUCCACAAACGCUACGGCACCAAGAUCGUGAGGCGCUACCGCAAGAACGCCACAGCCGAGGCGCUGCAGAGCGGCACCGACGUCAAGUUCCCCGAGUUUGCCGAGUACCUGGUGGAUCCGGCGACACGGCGUGAGGCGCCACUCAACGAGCACUGGCAGACCGUCUACUCGCUGUGCCACCCGUGCCACAUCCACUACGACCUGGUGGGCAAGUACGAGACGCUGGAGGAGGACGCCAGCUACGUGUUGCGGCUGGCCGGCGCAGGUGACCAGCUGCGCUUCCCGUCCUACGCCAAAUCCACCCGCACCACUGACCAGAUGACGGCCGCCUUCUUCCACAACAUUAGCGCCCAGCAGCAGAGCCAGCUCUACGAGCUCUACAAGCUGGACUUCCUCAUGUUCAACUACUCCACCCCAAGCUACCUGAAAGUGCAGUAGGAAGGUGAACCGUGGACAGUUUUUUCACGCAUACUUGCGCACGCGAACUCUGAAGAGCUGAGUUUAACUUAACCAGAAGAUCGUUGGAAGCCAGGGGACACUUGAUCGACUGGCGUCGCAGGGGACAGACCAAAAACUUUGAACUUUUUGAAGACCACAGAGCGUGGCAUCUGCUGUGUUGUGAUUGGAUGGAAGUCGUUCGGGGAGAUAAUGUACUGUAUUUGCUCAUGAUGUCAUGUUGGAAGAGUCCGGUAUUCAGGCAUAAUGAGGCGAUGCCUGUGUCAAUACGUGCGUCCAUUGAAUUGUAAGAUAAAGAUCAUAUUACUGUUUAUAUCCUCAAGCAAUAUGACACAAUCCGAGCCACUGGCUCAUUUACUGUAAUAGCGUCAGUAAUGAUUUUUCCAGCCACCUACCUUCAUUUUUCAUUUUCAGUGCUUCAUGUGUGAGAACUCUUCACGAGCGAAAAAGACUCUCAGUGUUGGAGUUCUCUUCUGUACCCAAAUACCAAGAACAGGACAAAGAUCAAUGGCUGUAAUCUUCCACACCCCAGUCAGUGUUGUUUCCUCCAACUCUCCCGCAGCCAUCCUCUGUCGAACGGCCAGCCUCUGUACAUGUGUAAUUACACGCAUAUGUAAAGGACGGCCCGUAUGUGCACACAGGAGGAUGUUAAAGUGGCGUUGAGUGGUGCCUUUGUGUAGUGGGCAUAUGCCAGCGUGAGUGACAGGCCUCCUACUCAGAGGAGGUCAGCGGUCAGCGAGGGUCCACUGACCUUUUGACUGACCCAGGGGCACUCGCUCUUAUGAAUUCCCAGCCAUCUUUUGAAAUUAAGGGAUUUUUUUUUCGUUUGUUCGUUUUUUUUUUGUUUUGUUUUCUCUGUGUUCUUAUUGUCUUAUGAAAAGUAGCUGCGAGCAGCUCAACAAAAGAUUAUUUAAAUAAUUACUUUGUGAAAAAGAAAUGAGGAAGAUUUAAUAUUUUUUCCAGGAAAAAAAAAA